AUGGCGAAAUCAAAGAGAAAGCGUUCUGGAAAACUGGCGAGGCCACGUGUUGUCAACUUACCAAUGGAGCUUGUCCUCGAAAUAUUACUCCUGCUGGAUGUUUAUGAACUCCUACAGUGCCGAUUGGUACACAUAUAUCUUUGUCGCAUGGUUGUUACUCAAUUCUUUAAAGACCGGUUGCCAGUUCCCCAACGCCUUCUCACGUUGCAGACCUCGCAAGCUGCAUGGAGAGACCUCAACUUCGGCACGAAGAAAAGUUUCAAGGAUGAUGCCUUUCCAAAUAAGUAUGUGCUGUGGAGAUUCCGCGGCAGUGUCCUUGUCCUCGCCUAUCUCGAUGGCGAGCAUGACUUCGAGGACGGUGAAUAUAGCUAUUUCAAUAUGCUCGACGUGUUGUUUGUUCGAUGUACCGGUCAAGAACAAGCUCAUCGCACACAUCGCCUUGGUAAAGUCUUCACAGGUCUUGCCAUAGACCCGGCACAAGACCUGCUUGUGCUAUGGGAGGCUCAUCAUUUUGACACUAAAGAAGAAGGUCUGCCAAUGACUUGCCUGUCUCUUUGCCACGGCACUCCUCAUGAGCAAACCUCUCUACAUUCGGUUACCAUUCCUCUCCCCGAUGAAUUUGACGAAGAUGCGGUACACAUUCUCGGCGAUUGGAUCACAGUCUCGUCAAUCAAUACCAAACAAGCGACCAUUGAGUGGAAGAGCGAUACUGUGAAUUCUGUGUCAGACCAGCGUGGUUGCAUGAUCAGCGCAAAUUGCUUCCUUGUUCCCAGACUCCGCGAAACGGGAACGUUAUCACUUAACGCAUACGCCUACGUGAAGACAAAGAAAUCCGGAAGUGAAUUCCGGCUUGCGGCCAUAUUCGAGUUGCCGUGCCCUCGGGAGACCCGGGGCGUCAAAACGACGUGUCAAGCAUUUGCAUCUGGUUGCUUCCAACCCAAGCCAUCACCGCUGUUCCCUCCCCGGCCCUACAUUUCCGCUCCGGAUCCGUUGAUGGUCCUCCUCGAGAUCACGUUCGAAGAUUACGGGCAGACAUACGAGGUAUUUGUUCGGACACAGCCUAUCAUUGCUGUUAUCCGUGCCUGGAAGCCCGCCCGUGCCCGAAAACAAAAUUUCGUUACAGUCGCUUGGGACGACUGGGGCCCGGAUUCUACGUAUUGGUUUCAUAAUAAUAGAUUUGGAGACACAAUCUGUUCACAUGAGCCUCAUUCCUGGCGGCAUUCCUUCUAUGGCUAUCGGGCCCUGACACCGGCUGGACUGCUGGAUUUCAAUCCAGCGGAUUUGCCUCCGGACGUCCACAAGGACAACGCGCGCAGACGGCGUUUUUCUAUCGCAGAGACCCAUUAUGGGACAGUCGCGGAGGACUCGGACGCGUAUUUCCAACAUGCUGUUGAGACGAAUGCGCCGUACUGCCGUCGCGAAGUCCCAGAGGAGUCGUGGCUGGCGAUGACAUGUCGUUAUUGGAUGCUUGACGAAGAGGUGCUGGCUGUGCUAGACGACUUUGGCUGGCACCGUUGCAGCAUGCUGAUGAUUGAAUGGCUUUGCAAAGGCAUCUUCCACAAAGUCAUAAUCAGCGAUCCGCAGCUGCAACACGCCACCGAGCGCAUCGUUUCGCCUAGAGUGUGUGGUUUAGUCACUGGUGUCAGCCCUAUGAGCGAAUUGGCUGCAGUUGUGACAAACCCUCCGGCUUCACGGGUAUGGCAAACGGCCUCAAAGCCUCAGUACUCAGUACGCAAAUACACGAAAUGGUCAACCGAGGGCGACCUGACACUUGCUAAUAAGCGUAACGGACGUGGGCGCACCUGCGGAUCGGCAGACGUGUCUGAUGCGAUUUUCGUUUUGCAAAGACCUCAGGAUGAAGGCCUCGGUGUAAGCUCGCCUUUAAACCUUGAAGGUUCUCUUGCGGCUGCCUACGUUGAGCGCGCCGAGGGUAGCCCCGAAGGAUGGAGAAAGUUUGGCUUGCACGUCAGAAGCAUGUGGAGCACGUCGCAGUCGUCCAGAAAUAUCGCACAUGGCGCCGACGCCGUCAGGCCAGGUGAGAGCUGCAGCGUCACGCCGGCUCAAAAGGGCAUUUCGACUGCUGUUGCAGCAGGCUCGGGCGCGAUCGCGCACUGUAUCGAUCUCGGUUUGCCCUCCGACGUGAGACGCCAGAUGGCGCUGGGCGCGGCCAUGUGCGAGGAUUGGCUGUGGGGAAGCACUCAGAUGCAUGCAGUCAGAUGCACGCUCGUCGCUCGAGGCCGACGCCCGACGAAGCAUUCGAGGCGUAAUUGCGAGAAGCCGAGAAGACGGUCGGUACACUGGACGCGUCGCGCCACGAGGAUGUGGAUCUCGCGCGCGGACGGCAUCGCACGUGCCGAGGACGCAUCUCGAUCGGAAUGUUUCUCGGCGGUUCACCUGGAAUGCUCGCAGGCGGCAGAGCAUAGCAUGUCCUCGGCCGCAUACCGUGUGGAUGCGUGGUACGGGACAGCCAUCGACGUUAUAAGUCAGCUUACUGUCCAGAUCCGCGUCAUCACCGCAAUUAUCGGGUUUGCGGUUGGGCGGCAGCGACGAGUUGGACACAACCAGCGCUCUGUCGCGCUUGUGGCGUGGGAGGGAUCGGGGCAUCAACAAGGCUUGUUAUGGAAGGCUUGUGCAGUAGCACAAGGGGCAAACAAGAGCCCACGCAGAACUGCGACGGGCCCAGCAUUUGGCAGUGGGCACAUGCCACAAGGAAUGAUUCUGCACAUAACAAGCGAAGAACCGGCCGCUUUGAACGGGAAUCUCGGACAAGGGUGGCAACGACCAUUUUUCACGGCGAUGCGCGGCCCCCGAAUAUCCCUCAACGGGUUUGUCCCAAUCAAGCUUAAGACGCACGCUUCAUGUAUUUUACGCGCACUUGAGCCAAACGUUCUCAGCUGCCUUGCCGAGGGCCAAGGCUAG